AUGCUCGGCGACAUCACGGGGCUCAAGCGAGACGCCAUCAAAAUGUUGGAAACUGGGCGGUACAAGGAGGCAGUCGCGCAAGCGUUUUGGAAGGUGAUCAAGCGGGCCAUGGACAAUUAUCAACCCCCACCACGGGACAGCGGCCGAGGGACGACGGCUAAAUCGGUGAACAUGAGCGGAAAGCGCGGGCUGACCAAGGAGAAGGCCGACAAGCCGAAGGGACUCAUCAAGCACAUGAUCGUCCAUCUGGUCGAAGAGCAAUAUUCCGUUGACCAGAAAAAGUGUUUUCGCAACCUCGCCGACCUCAUCAACUACUACAGCACCAGUGAUCCGGCCGCCGGCGACAGCCGCGCUGACGCCAAGCAAAAAUGCCGUCUCGAGGAGCCGAUACCGCGUCAGAUCUGGGAGUACGAGCACAAGGACGUGAAGCUGGAGAAAAAGCUGGGCAAUGGAGAAUUUGGCGAGGUUUGGAAAGGCCAACUGAACCGGAAAGGGCCUCAGCCGAAGCAGGUCGAUGUUGCCAUUAAACUGGCCAAAGGCGAGGUGGCGACCGCCAAGAAGAAGCGCAAGGCGAUCAUGCAAGAAAGCCGGGUGAUGCCUCGGCACGUGCACCUACAAGACGGACGUCUGGGCGUUUGGCUGUCUAGUGGUCGAGAUCUACUCCAACGGCGCGGACAAACUCUACAUGCCGGAAAGACGAACGGUGAAGUGAAGGAGGGCUUGGUGCAACGCCACACUGCGCCCAAGAUGCCGCCCGGGAUCCCGCAGGACAUGGUCAACUUUUGCAACGACUACAUCUGGGUUCGCGAGAAGCAGCGCACCGACAUGCUCAAAGUGGUCAACCUGCUCGGCGCCAUCGGCCACUUCCAGCGACCCGUCAUCGGCGGUGAUGAGGAGCCUGGAGCCACCAACAUCCACGAUGGCCCAAGCGUGGCCGAGACGUCUGGCACCCAGGACGGAGGAGGAAAUGCUGCCGACGGCGAAGAGAAGAAGCCGCAACCUACU